AUGUUAAUUUUAUGCACUGCAUUCCGACACUGCACGCAAAUCAAAACUUCACCAAUGUCCUAUCCAAACAUCCAAGGUUGGGUGGGGAAAGCAGUCACGUUCAGCUACCCUGGGGUGCCUAUGAAAUUGGGGGAACUUCCUGAUAAACUUUUUCUCCCAGUAGGUAUCUUCCACUCAGCUGGAAACUAUGCGGCGUUGCGUAUCAAAAAGAAAAAGACCUGCGUAGGUCGACGCCCUCUUAAGGAAACCAAAUCCGCUUUGCUUGCAUUAUCAAUUUCGAAAGCUACAGAAUUCCAGAUCUUUCUCUGCUAUCCAAGGUCAAGUGCGCUGUCGCUCAACCGGCGGCUGAGCAUUUACGAUAUUGACCGAACCUCCUUCACAAAGCAAGACCACGCGAAGUUCUCUGAAGCAACCGCUUUCUGUCUUCUCAUAGACAGCGUGAUUGUAGCGAGAGUUUUUAUAUUCCCUCUUGCUCUGCGGAAGCCAUCCCGUUGA